UAACGCUGUCCGACUCAACAGCGUCUAACUUUACUAAACUAAACCGGGUUUUCUCUGUCGAGCUGCCAAAGACUGUGUCCAGACACAGAGCCUGAAGCUGGGCUGCUGCCACAUGUGUCUUCAGGAUGAUUUGGACAGACGGAAACACAACACACACCUGGAAAUACACGGACAGGUUUCCGGACAUACCGGCGGCGGGGAAACUGAUACCUGUUGGGGAAAGAGCUAAAACCUGCUUACAAGAGCUGCCCAGGGCUCCGACCCCACCGGUGAUUAGGAAGUUUCUAAACGACACCCGGCCCGAGCCAGGAGCCAUUAGAGUGCUGCGAGGGAAAGCAGAUGAUCCAGAUGUUGCCAGCAGCCUCGUCCACGGCGUCAGCACCAAAUCCUCCCUCUCUGUUGGAAGCUUGGUGAAUCCCUCACGGCAGAGCUUCUGUCAGCAGAAGUUGCUUCAGCUCAGCGAGGCUGUGUACGCCUCCAGUCGAAAAGCCCCGCUGGGCAGGUCGCACGAUCAGAGCGGCAGGCUUCCCAACUGGUACAAUGACAAAACCACGUUUGGUGUGAAGUCACUGAAAGGUUUAAGUGCACGUGAGGUCGUCAACCCGCCUAAAACAACAGAGGAGGUGGAGAGGGAGGCUCAGGAGGGACACCAGGCUUAUAUUCGUAGCCACAAUGCCUACUUUGUCGGUGAGAGAGUUGACAGGAACUACAGCUGGAGUCGCUGUGCUAAAGACAGCAGGUUUGGGGUCUCCGUGCCCCACUCACACGACGGCCGCAGUGUCGCUAAAUCUCUGCAGUGGCUGGGGGAGACAUGGAGGAGUAGGAGAGGUUUUAACUUCAGGGAAAAAAAGCAGCCACAGCUUGGUGGAGUGAACAACCUGACAGCAAACACUCCAUCCAAUCGUGCCUUUGGACUUAUGUUGCCUCCAGAUGAACAUGGCGCUGGAGACUUGAUCCACUGCGCUGAGCCAGGCCAGUACCCGUCAGGCCGGGACCGCCGGCACACCCUGGUCAGCGCAGUGCGAAAUCUCCUCAAGAAGGUCAACUUCCACAACUUCCCCUCCCUGCUGCAGGCGUUCAGGCAUUAUGACAAGAAGGGCAGGGGGAUGAUUGACAAGGAGGACCUGCUGGCUGUGUGCCGUGAGGUGCAGCUGGACCUGUGCGAGCCGAUCCUCAGCGACCUGAUGGACGACUGCGACGCGGACAAAGACAGCUUCAUCAACUUCGUGGAGUUCGCCAACUUCCUCACCUGGAAGGACAAAAUGCCCAUCAACACCCGGGAGCAAGACAUCCUAACAAAGUGCAGGAAUAGCACGGCCCCGGCCGGCUUGCAGAGGGAGCUCUCGUCGGAUUCAGCGGACGCUCCGGACUCCAGGCCGCUGAUCCAGCCUGAAGACCUGCAGCCCGUGAAGCCAGGCAGCUCACAGAAGACCGUCAGGACCCUGAGCCGACCGAAAACGGUCCCACACCACUUCAGCACCUCCUCCUCCCUCAUCGGGGCCGUCGCCGGUGAUCCGUCUGCAAGAGACGGCCGUACCUUUGGGAUCCCCACAAUUCGCACUGACCUGCCCGCCCCAAGGAUCAAGAGAAUCUGUGACACUAAUAACUACGGUGACACCGAGACGGCAGCAGAUCUCCUGUAUCCCUCACUUCACUCACUCUACGGCGCUCACAAGGAGCACUUCUUCUGUCCCCGCAGCAGGGACGAGAUGGCACAGAUCUUCGAAAAUAUGGGGGUGAGCGUUUCCAAGGAGAUCUUUGAGGAAGCCUGGAGGCUGGCGUCCAUGAGGCAUCCCACCGGGGAGGUUUGUGUCGAGGUUUUCCGUAACGUGCUCAAGGAAAUAAAAGCAAUGUAACGCACAAAGCUCCUUUCACCUGCACAGUGUUUUCUCAUCAAAAAAAAAUAAAAAAAAAUCAGACAGUAUGCAAAUUUGUGUUUCUUACGCGCAAACAUAACAAUACAUUUUUGUAUAAGUAUUAUUCUCAAGAAAAUUUAAAAUGCAACAAAAGAGAAAUCUCCGGUGCAAAUGGCAAUAGGUCAGUCUGCUGCACUCCUGGUGUUAUUUACUCAACCUGUUUUUCGGGUUUGCUUUCAUUCUUUUGCAUUUCGGCCAUCUGUGUCAGCGCCGUGAACUGCCUGCAGUAACGUGUUACUUUUAAUUUGUGAAUGCACUGUGAACCUCAGGAGGAGCAGCUGCCACCUCGGUCAACUCAACCGUUGUGGAUCUGAAUAAACUAAAAGUCAGUGUUUAUCUUGUCAGCAUUCAAUUUUCAGUUUGAGCUUCUUUUUUUUUUCUUGGGAGUGCUGUAUCUUCUUUUAUUGAUAAUUGCAAGCUACCAAAGAUUGAUCUGUUUAGUGUUUAACUGAUGUCUUUGGACUUAUCAAUAGUUG